CUCUCAUUCGAGAACCCAUUCAUUCAAUCCUUUGACCCUGUCCAAUUAUUGUCCGCAAGAUGCCCUCUUUCGCCCAUCUUCUGACCGCUGGUCUGCUUGCUGCUUCGGCUGUUGCCUUCCCGGUUCAAACUCGGAGAACCAGCCUGCAGAAGCGCUCUACGAGCAAGCGCGGUGCUGCGUACAAUGAUGCUACCCUGGUGAGCACCCUGACCAACGACGAGGCUGGUACCGUGUCGUGGUCGUACAACUGGGGCAGCUCUAUGGGAGGCGACAUGCCCUCGGGCGUGGAUUACGUCCCUAUGCUCUGGGGCUCUGGCUCCGACUAUGUCGAUGGCUGGACCGACGCGGUGGAGACCGCACUCUCGUCGGGCAGUUCGUACAUCCUGGGCUUCAACGAGCCCGACAUGUCGUCGCAGGCUGACAUGACCGCUGCCACCGCGGCGGAACUCUACGCGGAGUACAUCACCCCCUACGCCAACAGCGCCAAGCUAGUCAGUCCCGCCGUGACCUCUUCCACUAGCAGCGGCGAGGGACUGGACUGGUUCAAGAGCUUCAUGAGCGACUGCUCCAGCUGCAACAUCUCCGCCCUCGCUGUGCACUGGUACGGUGAUUCGGUCGACGAACUCAAGACCUUUGUCAACGAAGCCAUCGAGGCCGCCGCCGAUUACGACAUCUCCGAGGUCUGGCUUACCGAAUUCGGCCUGAGCGCCGACACCAGCGGUGUCUCCGACGCCGACACCACCGUGAGCUUCCUCGAUGAGGCGGUCUCCUGGCUCGAUUCCCAGUCCUCUGUGACACGCUACGCCUUCUUCUACUGCGCCAAUAACUACAUGUUCACCGAUGAUGCCGUCAACUCCGUGGGCGAUGUCUAUGUGUCGAGCUCGUCGUCCUCCACUUCCACCUCUACCUCUUCCUCUUCUGCCUCGUCUACGUCGUCAUCAGCGUCGUCAGCCUCCUCUUCGGCCACUUCUUCGUCGUCCUCUUACGAGUCUUCCUCUUCGUCGGAGUCCUCCUUCUCGGCAACCAGCUCCUCCUCGUCGGAGUCCUCUUCCUCCGACUCCUUCACAUUCAGCUUGGACUCUAAGAUCGCGCUGUUGCCCCCCGUGCAGCACUCCAACUAGGCUACAUCCGCGUCGCACCGGUAGAUGCGAUACCCAUACCAUAGAUCUCAUAGUUGGAAUACAUACUUUUCAAUUGACUCAUUCGUC